UAUAUAGUGAGAUCGCGAGUGGUUAGUCUUGAGUGACAGAGGAAGCUGCUCCCUGACUGAUAAGCAGGCACUGCAAUAGAGAGACACAUGCUGUUUCAUAAGGAUACGCCUGAUUUCCAGAUAUGACCAUGUUUUUGUGGCUUGAACUCUUGGCAUUUGGCUUUGCCCUUCUGGACAACAAUGUUUUUGUCAAAGGGCAAACAUCGAAAUCUCCUCCUGGUGUCAUUCCAACAAGCAGCGCAAAUCUCACUCAUGCAUACUCAGACUCUUCCAUGGGAUCCAACAAUCAGCCACACAGCAGCACUGCUGCCUUUACUUCACUCACGCCUGCUACCACCACGUAUAAACCACCAGAUUAUUCCAGUAUGACAUCCUUGCACAGCACCAUUUCACCAUCCACGAGCCUUACUCCAACCAGCACUACAGCAAACAUGCCUGAGUCUUCCUCAGACACCUCACAUUCCAUGAUGACUACUCCACCUGUCAAAAAUGAGACCGCCGCAGUAACGACUCCUUCCAUAGACUGUGGCAACAUUAAACUUACAGUGGAGAAUUACACCAACGUUCCGAAAUCAGUCAGUGGAAAACUGAAAGUUGUGGGAAUAAAUUCAUUCAAUCUUACAUGUAAUUCCAGUUGUACUAUAAGAGAUAAUGAGUAUAUUGACGGACUUCAGGAAUGUCAAACAUAUGUCAUUAAAAUAAAAGUUGAUGAUUUUGAAAAGUCAUGUUCAAUUCAUGUCCCACCUAACAAAGAAAAUUACUCCUUUCAGACUGAAGUAAUAAGUAACAGCUCUUUGCGUUUAAAUUGGAUUAGCAACUCCAAACUUAAAUGUAAUUUGACCUAUUCGUAUGUUUGUCGUAACGAUAAAAUAAAUUACCACUUUACGUAUGAAGAAAUAAGUGACAGCUCUUUGCCUUUGUGGGCUAGAAAAUGUAAUUUGAUCGACUUCAACACCAGGAGUAAUGGCUUGGACAAUCAAAGAAGUUCAAAUCACUGUAUAGAGCUGACGGGUCUGUCAGCCAACACCAUUUAUUAUUGUACUUCAACAAUAUUUUUUGAAACCAACAAAACGGUCAAAGGAGAUAAGGCAAAUAUAACAACAGAUUAUGGAACACCAGGGAUGCCUAAAAGCCUUUAUCCAGUAACUAAAACUCCUACAAGUGUAUCAUUUAACUGGACUGCACCACCAGAUAAAAGAAAUGGCCCUAUUGAUGGCUAUGUCGUGAAAUGUGAUCGUUUUGAAGAAGUUGAUGUUCAUAACAGCACUUCUCAUAACUGUACAGGAUUUAGUCCUUACACAGAAUACAAUGUGAUAGUUAGGGCAUACACAUAUACGAAGAAAAGAUUCCAACUUUUUGGGGAACCUUUGCAUUAUACUGGACGCACAAAUUCAGCAAAACCAGGUACAGUGAAGAUUAUCAGUAUAAGUCAACCUUACAAUAAUGCUGUCCACAUUAAGUGUGAGGGGCAUCCAUCAAAUGGCAAAUUAAAACGUUUCAUAUUGAAAUGGGAUGGAAAAAACAUUAACAAAUCCGAGUGUGAUUUUUCUCAAGAAAAUCUUUAUUACUUGACCACAUAUGACAUUGAGAUUUAUAUGUUCAAUGGAGAUUAUAUGGGGGAUCCGGUCAAAAGCAAAGUAACGACAAAAUACAAUUCUCAAGCCCUGAUUAUAUUCCUGGCGUUCUUGAUUAUUGUGACAUCAAUUGCCUUACUUAUUGUUCUGUAUAAAAUCUAUGAUCUCCACAGAGAGAAAUUAAGCAAUUCAGGUGAAGAUGUGGUGCUUGUUAAGAGGGAUGACGAAAAACAACUGAUGAACGUAGAGCCAAUUCCUGCAGAAAUGUUGUUGGAAACCUACAAGAGAAAGAUUGCUGAUGAAGGAAGACUUUUCCUUGAUGAAUUUCAGAGCAUUCCCAGAGUUUUCUCUAAGUUUUCAAUAAAGGAAGCACGCAAAAACUACAACCAAAACAAAAACCGUUACAUUGAUAUUCUCCCUUAUGAUUAUAACCGAGUUGAACUGUCAGAGAUGAACGGAGACCCAGGAUCAGACUAUAUAAAUGCAAGCCAUAUUGAUGGUUUCAAAGAACCAAGGAAGUAUAUUGCUGCACAAGGCCCCAAGGAUGAGACCACUGAUGAUUUCUGGAGAAUGAUCUGGGAACACAAGGCAACAAUUAUUGUUAUGGUGACUCGCUGUGAAGAAAAUAAUAGGAACAAAUGUGCCCAAUACUGGCCGACAACGGAGAAUAGCACUGAAACUUUUGGGGACAUUGUUGUGAAGAGCAAUGAAAGUAAAAUGUGUCCUGACUACAUUAUUCAGAAACUCCAUAUUACAAAUAGAAAGGAGAAGACACCUGGGAGAGAUGUGACUCACAUUCAGUUCACUAGCUGGCCAGAUCAUGGAGUGCCUGAAGAUCCUCAUCUUCUCCUCAAAUUACGCCGCAGAGUUAAUGCCCUAAGCAACUUUUUUAGUGGCCCAGUAGUGAUUCAUUGCAGUGCUGGUGUUGGACGAACUGGAACCUAUAUUGCGAUCGACGCUAUGCUGGAGGGGCUAGAGGUAGAAGGCAGAGUGGAUGUUUAUGGCUAUGUUGUAAAGCUCCGUCGACAGCGAUGCCUCAUGGUUCAAGUAGAGGCACAGUACAUCCUGAUCCAUCAAGCACUGGUGGAAUACAAUCAGUUUGGUGAAACUGAGGUCACGCUCUCUGAACUGCACACCUAUCUUAAUAAUCUGAAGAAAAGAGAUCCUCCCAGUGACCCCUCUCUGCUGGAAGCAGAAUUCCAGAGGCUACCAUCCUACAGGGGAUGGCGGACACAGAACACUGGCAAUCGACAGGAAAAUAAAAGUAAAAACCGGAAUUCCAAAAUGAUUCCAUAUGACUUUAACAGAGUACCAAUUAAACAUGAAGAGGAGAAAAGCAAAGAGAGUGAACAUGAUUCAGAGGAAUCAUCUGAUGAGGACAGUGAUUGUGAGGAAGCAAGCAGAUACAUAAAUGCAUCAUUCAUAACUGGCUACUGGGGUCCAAAAGAAAUGAUUGCAACACAAGGGCCACUACCAGAAACGAUCAAUGACUUCUGGCAAAUGAUCUUUCAGAGAAAAGUCAAAGUAAUUGUUAUGUUGACAGAGUUGAAAGAAGGAGAUCAGCAACUCUGUGCACAAUAUUGGGGAGAAGGAAAACAAACAUAUGAAGGCAUAGAAGUUGAAAUGAAAGAUGUCAACCUGUCUUCUAGUUACACCAUACGCGCAUUUGAUGUAACACAUGUGAAGAGGAAAGAAACUCGAAAUGUGUAUUUGUACCAGUUCCACAAGUGGAAUGGCUUGGACCUUCCUGAAAACCCCAAAGACUUAGUCAACAUGAUUCUGAACCUCAAACAAAAACUUGCAGCUAAAAGUGUCACUGAGGACAGCAGAUGCAGCCGGAGCGUUCCAAUUGUCAUUCACUGCCGCGAUGGAUCUGAACAAACUGGUGUGUUUUGCGCCUUGUUGACUCUCUUGGAAAGUGCAGAAACAGAAGAUGUGAUUGAUGUCUUCCAAGUAGUGAAAUCUCUUCGACGUGCCAGGCCAGGAAUGGUCCCCACUUUUGAACAAUACCAGUUCCUGUAUGAUACUAUUAGCAGCAUCUACCCUGCACAGAAUGGACAAGUAAAGAAAAACGGCAAGCAGGAAGAUACAGUUGAAAUUGACAUUGAAGUAGAUAAAACAGAUCAGGAAGCUGAUUUGAUUACUAUCGAUAUCACCUCACUGGAGUCAGAGGCCAAUAUGAAUAUGGAAGCGCGUGAAGAUUCCAAAUCUGCAGAUGGCACUCAGGGAACAGAAGGCUCUUCAAAUGGACCCAAGACUCCAGUUUUAACUGAGAGUGCAUAGAAAAAUACAUGAAAUUUGGAUGUACAAAGGCAUCUUAAACAGAAUAAGUAGUAGAGAUUUGAUCUUGAGUUAAUUUUUCAGAGGUACAGUAUGGAAAGAAUACUUGAAAUUUGUGGAUAAUGUAAUGCACUGUGAAAAUUUAAUUUUUGUGUAGAUUUGCAUUUUAUUCCUUUCAAAUUAUUUGAAUUUUUGAUCUUUUUUACAAAUCUGUAUAUUGUAAUGCUGAUUUUCAUUAUGGUCUGGUAUUCAGGAGUGGAAAGAAAAGUCAUGCUACCUUUUUUCAAUCUUAUUUUUUGUUAUAAGAAAGUAAGUAGCCAGGACCGGAAUCUCUAAUAAUGUACAGUCAUAAAUAUAAAGCUAGAAGUAUGGCAAAUAUGAGUUUUCUUUUAACUAAUUAUUGUCUUACUAUCUUUAAAUUGACUUAGUGGGUAAGGUAUAUGGCCUGAAUUUCAGAAAUGCAAUUCCUAUUGACUUUAGUUAGGGUUGUGCUUGCUUUGCAGGUGCUUUGCAGAAUACCAAAGCCAUAUCUGGGCCAUAUCUUACAGCUCCAUUGAAGUCUAUGGGGAUUUACACCAGCUGAGUAACUGGUCCUACACAUCCUUACCUAUCUAGGACUGUAAGCUUUGCAUUUUUCUAACUGGCCUCAAGAUGUCCUCAUUGCUCCACACAACUCCAUCUGAGGCUUCAAUAUUUGACUCUGAAAUAAGAAAGUCCAGAACUUGGAGUAUUGACUGAUUGGAGAAACUCUGAUAGUUAAUUGAAUUGACAUUUGGCAACUUGAAAUCCCAUGUGUUACCACAAUGCUUCUUGUGCUAAUUUUUUCUAAUUUAAAGAGAGCUUCUGCAAAAGUGUUGUACCUAUUAUGUAUAUUAAACAUGCCAAAAUACUAUGCUACUAAUAGUACACGCUACUAGCACAUUGCUGAUUUUAUUUAGUCAUUUCAUAAUAAUAUGAUGAUUUGUAUGUUACAGUUUGGAUUAUUUUACUAUUGCCUUAGUGGAUUUCAGCCUAAUCUUUUAAAGCCAAAUAAAAAGGACAAUUAAUAAAUUG